AUGUGGGCCAUUGCCGACCCAUCCUCAUCAAUACGUCGCAUUCAGAUUAAAACAAGGAGUGGUGAAGCUAUUUUAGGACAACUAAAGGCCCCGACUGUCAUAGUCAAUGUCACUGACUUCAACUCUAUGCUCUAUUUCCAAUGGAACUUCAGUUCUGGAACAAUGAACCUCUACACCACAGAAGAUCCUAACAACCCUGAUAUGAAGACGUUUGAUCUUUCAGGCUGGACUGUGGCAUUUCGCACUUCAUUGUCUCGUGAAGCUAUUCCACCGUCCGAUCCGUCAUACCCUGGCUAUGUUGCGAAGAUGGAUCUUCCUUCAAGCAGCAUUUUCUCCAUUGCUAAGCUUUAUAUUAAAUCUCAAGAAUCACCUGGGUAUUAUCCCGAGGGCUCAAACUUCCAAGGGAUUGACUGGUCAAAAGAGAGUGAUGCAACCCAGAAUCACUUUCAGCAGCUACGGGUCGUAUGGAUGGACGCAAUGAGCCGUGGGGGGCUUACAAAUAUUGCAGUCAUGCUGCAAACCGAAAAGCCUCAAACAGUGAACCCACUUGCUCCGACCUUCCCGCCCACUUCCAUUGACUAUUCUGUCUAUCCAUGGAAAGAUCCCGUCUAUCCUCUGCCACCCUCCAACAAUUCUAAUUCUAAUGCUCUGUGCUAUUUGAUAAUGACUAGCAAGGAGACCCCACCUGUCCCUCCCCAAAUCGCCUAUACCGGAACCUGGGUCAAUACAGAUCCUUCCGAACCUGGUAGGGGAGCUAUCUUGUGCAUGAGCGAUGCUCUGUUUUGGGAGUCAUGGCUCCUCCCUCUACUUCAGGUUAUCAACCGUGCAACUCAGAUCCAACCGUAUAAUCCUCACCUGAUUCCUUGGGAGGGUCAUCCUGGCGUGACACAGAGUGCAAGUGCCAGUACUUCUGUUACCUUCACUAGCGGCGGGCAGGCUUUCUCAAUUACUGGCAAGAACGCAGUUUCAAUAAACUGCACUUCAUUUGGCCAGUGGUAUUCAAAGUCAGACAUGAGUUUCACAAUGCAAUAUAAAUUGAACUUUGCAGUGACUCGAGUUGACGAUGGUGGCCUUCAAAUCCUGUGCACCUCUUCUCGGGUCAGCAAGGGCCCUGUAUCUUAUCACACUGAGAAUAUUAAUUGGACUCCAGCAUGGGACGUGAUUGGCCACAUGUGCCAGGACUCAGCUGGUGGUUCUUUUGAAAGGAGCCUUGAAGUUUACCGAGAUAACCUUCUGAAUGAUCUAGCUGGUGUGAAUAAGCUCAUCCUUCCUGGAGCAGGAGACUAUCUUUGCAGCAAUGUGAUGUUCACCAAGCCAGGAGCCCUUGUAACCAACCUUGCCUAUAAUGGGGCGGCUGCGCCUGGAGAGAAGAUCAGAAUCCCAGACAUUCUCAAAGAUGCACCCCCGCGCCAGCGUGGACUAGCAGGUGCCACUUAUUCUCCGCCAGAGCGAGUUUCUCUGGUCUCCAAGUCUAUCCCCAUUGUGCAAGAUGGACACCCGGACUCUAUCUAG